CUGUCCUUCCCAUUCGCGAACUGAACCGGGUCGAGUUGCAUUCUACCGGGUUGCCCACCAAAAAAAAAAAAGGGGACAAUCCUUUUCCGUGAGGCCGUCCUUCCUCCCCAACCGAGAGCAGUCGGCGAAUUGAAAAGGGCGAGAGAGAACGUGUAUUCCACCUUACCGGCGGUGAUCUGAACCCUUCUCGCAAGUCCAUCUUCCUGCCACCGGCGGUUACCUGAGCCCGUCCGCAUCGUAAUCCGGUGGCGGGAGGAGCUUCCCCGCGAUGUGCCCCUUACGCCUGAUCCUCGUCUUCCUGUCGGCCACCCUCGCUGGAUAUUUCGCCUGGAAGACGGUCCGGUCGCCUCGCCCUUCCCCAAUGUCCGACGAUUGCUUGGAGGUUGAGACAUCCGCCGACGACAAUUCGAAUAAAGGCCGAGGAUAUGCGAAAAAGGUGAUUGGAGAUGGGUUCUGGGUGUUUCUGGAUAUGGCCAGUGGGAGGUAUCUGUGGAGAGUGAUGAAGGGAAGGUGAAAAAGAGAAUGUAAAGGCAAUUGUUCUGGCUUUUGAGUUGUCAUCUAUUGUUGUUGUAUCAGAAUGCAGUUGAUAAUUGUUAAAAGUUGUUCUUUGGAAUGAUUUGUGUUUUGGAGAGGGUUUAUUGUUUCUCAUCACUUAUGUAUUCUUUUGAUAUUUGUCAAUGGAAUCUGGUUAAUUGUGUGAACUAAAAUCUUUAUUUAAUUGAGUGGAAAUCAUUUAUGUUGAUGAUCCACAUUAUGAA